CUACUCCCACGCAAAAUAAGAGCAGGGCGGUAGAUUUUGGCGCCAGGUUUCCCUCCAAAAAGCUUUUCCCUCCAUUUUCAGUUCCCAUUAAGGCACCGCUUAUAAAUUCAGAAGUAAAAUAGCCAAAUGAACUCAUCAAUCUCAUUUCGAUUUACAUGCAAAUUAUACCUUUUUACAUUUAAAUUUUAGUCUGCACUCUUGCAGCAUGGUAGAAGCCCUAGGACCAGCGAAAUUCUACGGUAGCAGCCUCCCUAGGCCACGAUUUUACAAGCCCAACGAAGAGCGGGUGGACCCACCAGUCUCCGUUAUUGAUCCAUUAAUGUCAUGGGCGGAGGAAGCCCACUGGUCCAUGGGUGGCGUGAACUUCACGCGCCACCGUCUCCAGGGCCGCAUUCAAGGCAACAUCGAGAAGCUACGCACGGAGCUUGAAAAGGUAGAGAAGAAGACCGGCAAAGAAACCCCUGCAAAGGGUUCGACUCCGUUUCCCGACAGUCCAUCGCCUCCUCCUGCUCCGUAUGUGUUGAAGCGGAAGAGGUUUUUGAUUGAUGAAUCUGAAGUAAAGGAGCGCGUGGGAAGGAAGCUAGGAGAUGAGUUUGAUAGGGUUGCGGAGGAGAGUGGAUUGAAGAGUGGUGGAGCUGUGAAGGCUGUUGCUAGGAGGACGAGGAGCUGGAGAAAUGAAGAUGCUGUGGCUGAAGUGGUAAAUCAGGUGAAAGCUAAGGGCGAGAAGUUGAAGGAGGGUUUGAAGGAUGGCGAGAAGGUUGGAUCGUCGAUAAGAACUUCGCCUAGAUUGUUGAAACGUAGGUCGCCUUGAAGGUGUUUGAUAAUUUGUGUCAUUGACUGGGUUAUGUAGAGGACAGGACUAUAGUUUGUUUUUAUUUUCUUUUCCCUUCUUAAUGAAAAUGGAUUGCUGGUGUCAACUAAAUCUUGUUGAAACUGCAAAAGUUUUAGCUAAAUGAGAAGAAAUUUAGUUGCUUUGCUUCUUGUAUUUUCUGUUCCAUGAUAUAUAUUGGCUGUAAUUGUAGCUAAAUGUUGCUUUGUUGAGAUUGUGGUUGAUCCUGCCA